AUGGCCAAGCUAGAGCAGCCAUGGCUACUAGAAGUCGCAGCUACCAAGCAGGAUGUAAUUGCAAAGGGAUACAAGCACAUUCUUGAGGAUUUUCUGGGUAUUGGAGGAGGUGUCAGUGGAGGAGCAAGUGGUGGUGCUGGAUUUGGAAAAGGUGCAGGUGGUGGUGCUGCUGCUGGAGGCGGUGUUGGAGGAGGUGCUGGUGGAGGAGUAGGUGGUGGUGCUGGUGGAGGAGCUGCUGGAGUUGAAGAAGGUGCAGGUGGUGGUGCUGCUGCUGGAGGUGGCGUUGGUGGAGGUGCUGGAGGAGGUGUAGGUGGUGGUGCUGGUACUGGAGCUGGCGUUGGAGGACGUACCGGUGGAGGAGCAGGUGAUGGUGGUAGAGUUGGAGGCAGCGCAGGUGGUGGUGCUGGUGCUGGAGAUGGCAUUGAAGGAGGUGCAGGGGGUGGAGUUGGGGGUGGAGCAGGCGGGGGAGUAGGAGGAGGGGCCGGUGGAGGCAUUGGUGGUGAUGCUGGAGGUGGAGCAGGUGGAGGUGUAGGAGGAAGGGCUGGAGGAGGCCUUGGUGGAGGUGCUGGAGGUGGGACCGGUGGCAGAAUAAGAGGUGGAGCAGGUGGUGGCUUUGGGAAAGGUAGAGGUAUAUGA